AUGAAGUUUUUUGCAUCAUUAGCUCUCUUGACGGCGGUUAUAUCGUUAACCGUUGAUGCAGCACCCACCUCAUCAUCCGUAGUCAAAGUUAACUUGAUGAAAAAUGAUCUACCCGAAUAUUUUACUUGGCUGCAAAAGUCAAGGAUCAAUAGAAAUCGUGCACUAUUGAAAUACUCGAACAAUAUUCGAACAGCCUAUAAUCAUGGGUUAGUUGGUCAAGAAGCCAUCGUAAAAUUAGAAUCUGCUUCCACCCCAGUAUUUGGAAAAAAUGGUAAUGGUAAUUCCGGUCAAGGGGUUGUCAAUAAUCCUCUUAAAGACGAAGGAAUGGAUAUUGGUUAUCACGGUCCAAUUCAAAUUUCUGACCAAACAUUUGAUGUAAUUUUCGAUACUGGUUCGGCUGACCUUUGGGUACCUGCAUUAGAAUGCUCUGAUGCAGCUUGUAAAGCUCAUAAAUCUUUUGACCCGAAAAAAAGCAAAGGAUUUAAAAGCGAUAAUAAACCAUUCCAAAUUAGAUAUGGUACUGGUGAGGUUUCUGGAAUUAUUGCAGUAGAUGACGUUUCGAUUGCUGGUGCAGUAGCAAAAGGUCAAACUUUCGGGCUAUCAACAAAAAUGUCUGAAGAUUUUGAAAAUACAGAAUUCGAUGGAAUACUCGGAAUGGGUCUUGACCAAUUAAGCUCAACAAACGGAAAAACACCUUUCUCUCAGCUUGUUGCACAAAAUGCCGUUAAAGAUUCAGUUUUUGGUUUCUUCCUUGGACGUCAAAAAGAUGGUAGCGACAGUCAAUUAACUCUUGGUGGCGCUGACUCAUCAAAGUUCACUGGUCAACUUAAGUAUAAUAAACUUGUGGGUGAUGCAGGUUAUUGGGAAAUUGCUUUAGACGAUGCUAGUGUUAACGGCAAACCUCUUGGAUUCAGCAAAAAGACUGCCAUCAUUGAUACUGGCACGACUCUUUUGAUCGCUCCUCCUGCUGACGCCGAUGCUAUUCACAAAGCGAUUAACGGUUCUGUUUCUCAACAAG